CAUGACGCGUGUGAUGUUGCGCAUGUGAUCGAUUUACUCUCUAGCUAUUUUAUUGGUCAAAUUUGAUGCGUCGCUAUUGGCAGAAAAACUAAAUAGUCAUUAGUUGUAAAAGUCAACCCUGUACCAAGUUAACCACUGGGACAAUCGCUUCGGCACUAACAAGUUGUCCAGUUUUCUGCAUUUUCAGUGCGUUAUGUUAUUCUAAGAUGGUUAUUUUAUUACUAUGGUGUUUCGAUAAAUUCCCAUGAGUGAAUUGCAAUGCCAAUUGGUCCAAUGUCCUACUAAUUGUGAGGAUUAAUACAAUGACUGAAGUAAACGAAAAAUCAGACUCUGGAAUUAAUUCAGCACCCAUCCAGUUGAGUGAAGAUGACUGGCUACAAUUACUACAGAAGCUUACACCAUCUAGUAUUGAAAGCUUGCAGCAAACCUUAAAGCGACUACAAACUCCUGAGCAUAUCAACACAACAGAAAAGGAAAAUACAUCAGUACCCUUUGUCAGCUGCUCGCCAUCUGUUCUUGCACCACAGCCUCUUAUUAGUCAGACUCAUCCAAUUGUUAUGUCACUUGGCAUGUCUAAAACUCCUAUUGCACCCCUAAUGGCAAUGCCGCAUGUUCUAAACAUUUCUAAGAACACAGCGAACUCUCUCCCAGGAAGGAUUGUUCUCCCAUCAUCAGCGCUUCUUAUUGCACCUCCAGCCCAUGGACAAGCAUACUCUUUAGAUUCAUGUUUACCAGUUGCUGAUCUGAGUAGGUUAGUUGUAACUAGCGGAUGUUUGCCGAAUGUGGCUUCGGGUUUGCUUGCAACUACAACUAUACCUGAAUCCUUCAGUAGUCUAAACACACUAGCCAAUGCAGCGGUUGCUAUGGCUGCAAAUGCCUCACACUGGUCAUCUGGUGUUUCAAUCCCAACUACUACUACUACCGCUACUACCACUAGUACGACAGUUCAAAUGUCAAAUUCAUUUCGAUUUUCCCCAAUUCCAUUUACUUCUAUUUCAACUGGAUCUACCAUUUCUACAUGCAAUUCUGUUAAUGAAUUAAUUCAUCAUUCUACGUCUGCAUCUAAUUCCGAGUUUACUACACCUAUUUUAUCGAGUUUAGGAUCAACAAGUUUAACAGUUUAUCCAGUUCAUGUUUCUGCUAAUGGUUCAACUGUAUUAGUUGCUUCAUCACCAACUUCUCAAGAUAUUUCUAAAUCUUACAUUACAACUAAUUCAUCAAUAUCAUCAUCAUCAUCAUCAUCAUCAUCAUCAUCAGUCUGUUCUACAUCAUUUGGAAAUUAUUUAAAUUCUGUAGAAACAUCCAAUUUAUCUCCAUUAUCUAUUACAUGUAGUUCUAAUUUAUCUUCAAAUUCAAUUACUAGUCCUACGCCUAUACUUACAUCAACGCCUCGUGGUAAGCCUAAAUUUAAAGCAUUAUGGGAGUCUACUCUUUCUAAUAAUGAACGCAUUAAUCAAUCUAUUGUUAAUGAAUCCUUAACAAAUCUUGAACAUACAAUUCAUUCUGUCAAUGAAUGUACAACUACAAAUUCUACAUUAUCAAUCAAUUCAAUUUCAAGAACGAAUCGUACAAAUAAACGUCAAUCUCCUAUGCUUGGAAUUAAAUCUAUUGGUCAAACACCUAAACGUCUUGCUGCAACAGCUGCAACACUUUCACAAGAAAAUAAAUCAAUUUCUUCAGAUGGGUGUAAAAAGUUUCUUCUUAUUUGCUCUCCAUCUAAAAAUAUUUCAGUAAAGUCACAAAAUGAAUCAGAUUCUGGUAUAUGUUUGUCGUCUAGUAGUGGUAAUCUUUCAGAGUCUGUUUUAUCGAAAAAUACAUCUUCAUGCACAGAAUUGGAUAUUAUAGAAUCUUGUAAUUCUACUACUCGUCAAUUGAUUACUAAUAUAUCAGAUGAUCGUGUAAAAUUACCUAAAAAUACAGAACGUAAUAAUAAUAUUACAUUGAAACAAUCCAGUUUAUUACACUCUACAGGAUCUAACGUUUCGUCUGGCCGCGAUUCUUCAGAUAUCAUCGAAUCUGACCCUGUUGUUUCCGAAGUUUUUAUGGGGAAAACAUUCGAAAAUGGAAGACGAAGUUUAAAAGAAGAACCGGUUAGUGAUGAUGAAGCUAGACGUCGUGCUAAACGACGUGAGCGUAAUCGAGUCGCAGCGGCCAAAUGUAGACAAAGAAGACAAGAUCAAAUCGAAGAGUUACAGCAUCGUGUUGAUGCAUUGACUAGAACAGGACAAGAACUUCGUUCAUCUCUACAUUCAUUAGAUUUAGAACGAGCUAGACUAGAAAGUCUUGUGGAAGAGCACAAAAUUGCUGGUUGCCCUGCCGCUGAGAAGGUUUUAUUAAUGAAUCGAGAAUAUUCCGACAAUUCUGGAUCACUGGAUAAUUGUUUAGAUCUUGGUAAAACGGAUGAAUUGUUGAGUAGCAACUCUACAUUUUGUGAUGAGAAAUCGGUAAUUUUGUCACCAGCAUUAGUAUCAAAAAAUAUAGUACCAGAACGUUUGCCUAUUUCCUCUGCUUCUUGUAUGACUUCGUCUUCUCACCUUUCAUCUACAGCUGGAUUAACUACAACAUUUUCUACUGUCAACAGUUCCAUCGUUGCUACUACCACUACUACUACUGCUACUAGUAAUUGUGGUGGUAAAUCAAUAUCAAGUCAUUCGAAUUUAUCGAAAUCAGAUUUACGUUUUCAUAAUCGUUUAACCUCAAAUUUUGUUCCUCUUAUUCCCAACAGAAAUAAUAAUAAUUCAACUGUUAUUACUACUGUCACUACUACCCUGACAACUUCUGUUACUACUACUAAUACUGCUGAAAAUAAUCAUACUGCUUCUACUAGUAGUAUUAGUGGUAGUAGUAGUACUGCCAGUCUUAUAAUUAAUUCCAGUGAAGAACAGAAUCGUUUAACUUCGUCAACAUUAACUGGAACUAAUUCAGAAACGAGUGAUACUUCAACAAGAAAAAAUAUCGUCGCCCGUUUUGUUUCUCGUCCAUCCACACUACUACCAUCAUCAUCAUUAGCUCAACCUUUAGAUGUUAUCAAAGCACAACGUCAAGCUGUUUCUAAAUUUGCUGAUGGAAUAAAUCAAACAAUUCAUCCAACUACGUCGAAUAAUUUAACACCGUGUUAUUGGUCAUCAGAUUUACAAAAUUUAUCACCGAUUCUUACACCAUCUACAUGGAAACUUUUGAAAAAUUUAACUUCAUCCAGUUGUAUUAAUACUACUACUACUAAUAAUAAUAAUGGUAUUAAUACUAAUAGUAUUCAACAAUCCUUCCUUCUAACACCGACAUUAAGCCCACUUUAUCCCGUCUUACCUACACAAACAUUCACUUCUAUUACAAGUAUGGAAUCACUGAGAUCUGUGAGUAAUCCUACUAUUAUUAUCACUUCUACAACCACGGGUACUCCUUAUUGCUCUACUACUUUAACUAAUAAUAAUAGUAACACUACUGCUAAUAUAUGUACUAAUAAUGAUAAUAAUGGAAGCAAUAAUGAUAAUGGUACUAAUAGUACUAUUGUUUCUGUGGUUGAAUCUAAUCCAACCACAGAUGUAAAUAAUAACUUGCUCAUCAAUCCUACUACUAUGACGACUACAAAUAUUAACAAUACUACUUGCUCAUCGUUGAAAACUACAUUUGAUAACUGUGAUAAUAAUACUAAUAAUAAUCGUACAAGUGAAUCAUCAAAUAUUCUUAGCAAAGAUAAUGAUCACGAUAAAAGUAUUGUUGAUGAAUCGAGUCGCAUUAUACUAAUGCAACAAUCAAGUCAAUAAAAAUUUCAUUAUUCGAGUAAAUGAAAAUAUCUAGUUUUGUCUUUCCUGCGUCAGAGCACUUUCCUGUAUUCCUUUUUCCCCCUAUAUACUUCAAUUUUGUUAAUCUCUCGGUCGUAUGAAGAUGAUAAUAUUUACAAUAUAAAUGCACAAUAAAUGAUAUCAGGUCAUUGUUUGAUCUAUCAAUCCAUUACUACAGAUCCUUUAGGAGUGUAAAAAAAGAAGUUGAGACAACUGAAUUGUAUGUUUGUGUAUGCACGUACACAUAGUUGUCCAAAACAUUUGCACAGAUCUAUGUCUUUCCUCUGUAUCUUUGACUAAGCUUCCCUUGUAAACACAAUUUUGGAACAUCUUCAAAUGUGUAUAUCUUACACGCAUUUUUUUUCUGAUUAGUAAUAGUAAGUAUUAUUAUUGUUAUCACUACUCUGAACACUGGGAUACACUCAUGUAAAAAGAGACGUACACAAGUAAAAACAACAAAUUGACUAAUAUCUUUAUUUUUAUGGCAGCUGUUUAUUUAAAUCAUAUUUAUAUAGAUCCGAUAUUAUAUAUAUAUAUA